UUAGUUUCAUAAUAUCUUUAUGUACCCCAUACCCAGCCUGUGGGCGGCAGUCUAAAGAUGUGUGUGUGCUGGACACCUCACAAUGUGUAUGCUGAAGAGUAUAUCUUUCUUGGUGACGAUAUAUAAACUGAGAGAUGUAUGUACACAGAGUGUAGUGGGCUUAAAGUAUUCUUGGCGGUAUGUAGCCUCAGUAACUGCAGGAAGUUGACAGCUUCAAGCCUGUUACACUUAACCAGUCACUCCAGGGAUGUAUGCCGAGGCCCAGGUGAGAACGCACCGGACCAGGACAGCUUCGCCAAGGACAACUGGAUCGCAAGGUUGUAUGCAGACAAACUCAAAGGCUACAGCAAAGGUUCAAGACCUGUGCGGGACCACACCCACAACACCACAGUUUACCUCGCCCUUUCACUCAACUAUAUUGACCUGGAUGACGAACGUCAGGAGCUGUCUGUGAGCGCUUGGUCAAUAAUGACAUGGGUGGAUGAGUAUCUCACAUGGGAGCCCAAGAACUACCUUAACAUUGACAGACUUCAUUUUAAUGAUGAGGACAUCUGGAUGCCAGACAUUACCGUCUACAACAGUGCGCUGGGUUCUGAUGUUCACCCAUUUGGUCGUGUCCCCGUGCUGGCCAACAAUUUAGGUCAGACCUACUGGUUCCCUCCCACACAUUUGGUGGUCAGGUGUGACCUUGACCUGAGUAAGUGGCCCAGUGACCGACACGAGUGUCUGGUGAGGAUGGGGUCCUGGACCUACCACGGCGAGCAGAUCGAUAUUCAGGUCAUGCCCACCAACACCAGCAAUGGGGUGAUGAUGAGCAACUUCGAGGAGAACAACCGAUGGAAGCUGGUGGAGGUGUCAGCAGCUCGAGCCAUCACAAAUUUGGAGGGACACGACCCCUAUGUUGAGAUUGACUUUACCUUUGUUGUUCAGCGUCAGGCCAGCACCCAGGCCACUUACAUCUCUCAGUCCACUCUAGCCAUACUGGUGGUGGUGCUGGUGUCAUAUGCUCUGCCGCUGGACUGCUUCUUCACCCGCCUCAUAAUUCACCUCCUUUGUAUGGGUAUGCUCAUCAGUUGCUACUUCACCCUCUUCGCCUCCCUUCCAGCUAAUGGUGGGCCCAUACCUCUUGUAGUUCGGUACUACUCUGGCACAAUUAUCCUGACUGCCAUCUCCUUGGUGUGUACACUCUUCCUCACCACUGGAGGGACAUGUUGCUCCUCCACCCCAACCUCUAACUUCGGCAGGAAGUUGGUGGAUAUAGUCGGCUCCACCCCAGGCCUCAGGAAUGUUAUGCCCCAGCAAAACUAUAACCAUCUUGAGGCAGAAAUGGUGGAGGAAGGAGAGAGAACCAAUACCGAGUCAAGUUCUUCUCAGGAGAGCUCGGGAAUCACUGCCCUACAAGUCAAAAGAGUGGUCAACUGCCUGCUGCUGAUUCUCUUUGCAAUUGCUUUUCUACUGGACUAUACAGUUCUCAGAAGUAUUCUUUAAAAUGAGCUCCCCUCAGCAUUUUGGAAUGUGAUAAUUGAGCUGUAUAUGUAUAAAUGUCAUUUUUUUUAAUAUAUCUAGGGACAGUAUUAGGGAAGCCAUUGAUGUAGCUUUAACAAUUAUCAAAAUUUUAAUUUAUUUUAUAGGAAAGUGUUAUUUGUGUGUGUGCUUUACACAAUUAUUCCACAUACUGUCUGAAUGUGUAUAAUCUCUCAUUUAGACAAGACUACUAUAGCUUUGUUUCAAAAUAUGUGAUGUCAGGCAUUGAAUAUAAACUGCAAGUAGGGUCAUUAAGAUUGCAUUUCACCUGAGCACUUGUAUAAAGAAUAGUUUAAGCGCUACAAUAGGCAUGAGAGUAGAACAUAUAUAUACGAUGGAAGAUACAUAUCUGUCUAUACCCUACAGUUCAGUUGUCUGCAUUUAAACUAAUGUGGAUGAAAAUGGGUGUAAUUGCCUGUACCUUGUUAAAUAGAACAGUUUCUGGCAUUCAUUCUUUUUUUUUAUCUUUGUUUCAUUUACAAGUUAUUCAUACAAUUUUUUGGUAUAUUUUAAUUGCAGGCUACCCAUUUUUUUCCCCUUUAUCCUUAGACAGUCCAGGUUAUAUUUUUAUAAGUUCAAUAUUAAAUGUACAGUAUUCUCAUUUCUUGAUUCAAUUUUUGUAUUAGUGCCUUGUAUAUGUUAUGUAGUCAUUUAGUUUUCUAUAGUAAACUGUUAUUGUACAAUGGGUUAUGCAGUACAUUAUAUACUGACCAA